UUCUUGAAGCUUCCCAUUCAUUACAUGGAACUAUAAAUACCUCUUUUUGAUUCAUUAACCUCUCCAUUCCAAAAUCAACAAAUAAAAUAGAGAUGGAACAAAAAACACCACAAAUAGUAGCCAAGAAGUUAUGGAACAUAUCAAGAAGCAAGCUAAUGCUUGACCUCCAAAUCGCCCUGCAAAUCAUGCUCAAGCGAGGGAAUAAGCUCGCCAGAAAAGCCAUUAGUGACCUCAUCAUGCUCCACCACGGCGGCGCCCACACCUCCGUCGCCGCCCGCCUCUCUUGCCGGUCCAACGACGCGGCCGCCGUGUCGUUCGUAGGCCCGCACGAGUACGAGUUCAGCUGCAGCAGCAGCCCCGCCGCCGCUCUAUUCCCGUCGUCGUCUCACUACGCCGGCAGCAAACGCCGCAAUCGCAACCGCCGCCGCGACGAUGUGGUUUCGUUUCAAAAGGUUUUGGAGUCAUUGGACAACGAGAUCAUCGCGGCAGCGGAGGCGGCGCCGUCUCCGCUGGUGGCGCUGCCGGUGAGGCAAUUUCCUCUAAAAGAUAGCUCAGAGGGAGGCUCUGAAAUCGAUAAAGAUGCUGAGGAGUUCAUCAAAAAAUUCUACAGAGACUUGAAGAAACAGCGACGAAUUGCGGCGCUUGAACCUCCGUCACCUUUUUCUUGAUAUAUUGAUUAUUUUUAUUGUCUAUCUCUUUAUAAUUUUUCUACUCAUCAACCAUCAAACAUUAUUUAAUCAUGCAAUGUACAAUAUUUAAUUUGUCUACUUACAUAAAUAAAAUGAAAUUAAUAUCUGGCUUAAA